AUGUUCAGAGUGCGGGAAAUCUUUCACUCAGAAAGGAAUCCUUGUUACACAUCAGAGAAUUCACACGGGUGUGAGCGUCCCUAUUCAUGUUCAGAGUGCAGGAAAUGUUUCCCUUUGAAAGAAGAACUUGUUCUUCAUCAGAGAAUUCACACAGGUCAGCGUCCUUAUUCAUGUACACAGUGUGGGAAAUCUUUCAUUCAUAAAGGAGACCUUGUUAAACACCAGAGAAUUCACACAGGUGAGCGUCCUUAUUCAUGUACACAGUGCAGUAAAGGAGCCCUUGUUAAACAUCAGAAAAUUCACACGGGUGAGCGUCCUUAUUCAUGUUCAGAGUGCGGAAAAUGUUUCACUCAGAAAGGAAUCCUUGUUACACAUCAGAGAAUUCACAAGGGUGAGCGUCCUUAUUCAUGUUCAGAGUGUGGGAAAUCUUUCACUCAGAAAGGAAUCCUUCUUACACAUCAGAGAAUUCACACGGGUGAGCGUCCUUGUUUGUGUUCAGAGUGCGGGAAAUCUUUCACUCAGAAAAGAGACCUUGUUACACAUCAGAGAAUUCACACAGGUGAGCGUCCUUAUUCAUGUUCAGAGUGCGGGAAAUCUUUCACUCAGAAAGGAAUCCUUGUUACACAUCAGAGAAUUCACACGGGUGAGCGUCCUUAUUCGUGUUCAGAGUGUGGGAAAUCUUUCAUUCAUAAAAGAGUCCUUGUUAAACAUCAGAGAAUUCACACAGGUGCGCGUCCCUUUUCGUGUUCAGAGUGCUGGAAAUCUUUAAUUCAUAAAGGAGACCUUGUUAAACACCAGAGAAUUCACACAGGUGAGCGUCCUUAUUCAUGUUCAGAGUGCGGGAAAUCUUUCACUCAUAAAGGAGACCUUGUUAUACACCACAGAAUUCACACGGGUGAGCGUCCUUAUUCAUGUACACAGUGCGGGAAAUCUUUCCCUCGUAAAGGAGACCUUGUUGUACAUCAAAGAAAUCACACAGGUGAGUGUCCUUAUUCAUGUUCAGAGUGUGGGAAAUCUUUCGCUUGCAAAGGAGACCUUGUUAAACAUCAAAAAAUUCACACGGGUGAAAGUCCUUAUUCAUGUUCAGAGUGCGGGAAAUGUUUCCUUAAAAAAUCUCAUCUUGUUACACAUCAGAGAAUUCACACAGGUGAGCGUCCUUAUUCAUGUUCAGAGUGCGGGAAAUCUUUCACUCACAAAGGAAUCCUUGUUAUACAUCAUAGAAUUCACACGGUUGAGCGUCCUUAUUCAUGUUCAGAGUGCGGGAAAUCUUUCAUUCAUAAAAGAGCCCUUGUUAAACAUCAGAAAAUUCACAUAGGUGAGUGUCCAUAUUCAUGUUCAGAGUGCGGGAAAUCUUUCAAUAGAAAAGAAAACCUAGUGCAACACCAGUGUUUGCGAAAUCUUUCUAUAGGAAAUAUUAGUCUUUUUAACAACAGAAAAGUGUAA